AAGUCUGGGAGGGAGGGUUUCCUGGACAGAAGUCCCUGUGGCCGCUGCCUUAAGACGUGCGGGCUGGGCCGCGGCUGCCACUGCUCUCCGACCCAGGCCAGUGCAGCAGCAUGGAGCUUUGGGGGGCCUACCUGCUCCUCUGCCUCUUCUCCCUCCUGACCCAGGUCACCACCGAGUCGCCCACCCCCAAGGUCAGGAAGGCUGCAAAUGUCAAGAAAGAUGCUGUGAGCCCAAAGAUGUUUGAGGAGCUUAAGAGCCAGCUGGACAGCCUGGCCCAGGAGGUGGCCCUCCUGAAGGAGCAGCAGGCCCUGCAGACAGUCUGCCUGAAGGGCACCAAGGUGCACAUGAAGUGCUUCCUGGCCUUCCCCCAGUUGAAGACCUUCCACGAGGCGAGCGAGGACUGCAUCUCGCGCGGGGGCACCCUGGGCACCCCGCAGACGGGCUCGGAGAACGACGCCCUCUACGAGUACCUGCGCCAGAGCGUGGGCGCCGAGGCCGAGAUCUGGCUGGGCCUCAACGACAUGGCGGCCGAGGGCGCCUGGGUGGACAUGACCGGCGGCCACAUCGCCUACAAGAACUGGGAGACGGAGAUCACGGCGCAGCCCGACGGCGGCAAGGCCGAGAACUGCGCCGCCCUGUCCGGCGCGGCCAACGGCAAGUGGUUCGACAAGCGCUGCCGCGACAAGCUGCCCUACAUCUGCCAGUUCGCGAUCGUGUAGCCGCGGCGGGCGGGGGGCGGAGCCCGGGGCGCCCCAGCCCUGCUCGGGGUGCAAAUAAAGGCGGUGCCUCUGGACCGGGAA